AUGUUAUACACCACGGGUCUUCCUAGCGGGCAGUUCCGCGCAAUAUGCCCGAAUUUCGAGCAGUUGAAACACUUGCGAGUCUCGACAUCUUCCUUGUUUUUAUCGGCGUACCCUAUGUGGUGUUCUACAGUGUUGGGCGGUCUUCCAUUUUCAGCACUAGCCGAUUCGUACUCCUUAAGUGUUUUUCGGUUCAACUCCGUACCUUCCAUGUCUUCGUCGGACAUUUCUUCAUCGUUUCUCCUCAUUUCCUUCGCUUGCUUCUCUUGUAGCUUUGGGAUCUCUCCAACAACUUCUCGCACC